ACAACGAAAUCUGUUACUACUUCGACGACAGUUUCCACCUUGAAUGCAUCACGGUAUUUACUGUACUGCCUUAACAAGGCUCUGAUAAAACAAACAAAAGGAUCACACGAAGGCAAGUAACGUUAACAUUUCUAAAAGACAUGUCCGAGAGGGACCCUAAAUCAUCUCAGGACCUGACUGCUGUGGUGCAGACCUUACUGCAACAGAUGCAGGACAAGUUCCAGACCAUGUCAGACCAGAUUAUUGGAAGAAUCGAUGAGAUGAGUACACGAAUCGAUGACCUGGAGAAGAACAUCUCUGACAUCAUGACUCAGGCAGGUGUGGAGGAUCUUGAGGAAGAGAUCAAAGUCACUGAGACCUCUGGAACUGCAUAAGGCAGUGGUCAACACCAUCUUUAACUGCCAAGAAACACCCUGAAGACCUUCUACUGCAGUGUCAAAAUGUUUAGAUGAAAUGUGAAUUCAAAUUUGUAUGUAAUUAAAUUAAGUAACAAUGGUGCUUGCAUGGUCUAUGCCUAUAGACUAUUAAUGGUCAGAAGAUCAAUAUAUGACAUCUUUUGUAUUUAUUCAUUGAACAACAGGGUAAGAUUAUUUGAUUCCUGCAUGUUUUACUGAUUAUUAAAGCUCUUUCACAAA